AUGGGGUUCCUCCUCUCCAUAUUCUUUGUUUUUCUUACUCUCACACUAGCGGGAAGCCAUGCUGCUGCCUUACCUGUUCCACCACCUCAACUUUACUGGAACUCCGUCCUGCCAAACACACCAAUGCCCAAAUUUCUCAGCCAACUCGUCAAGCCCGACUUCAUUAGUGUUGGGAAAGGGGGAGUUAUCCUUCACAACCAAGUUCAAAAGGAUGGGAAUUGGGUUUAUCCAAAAGAUGCAGAUGAGAAUUUAAAUUUGCCAUUGGUGCGAACGCUCCAUUUAAAUGCUGAAAUAUUUGAUACCUUUGAAAAUGGUGUUGCAGAAGAAUUCCCAGAUGAUGCCUCUGAAAAUAUAGUCGACCCAACCGGAACAAUUUUCUUCUUGGAGAAGGACCUUCAUCCUGGCACGACAAUGAAUUACCGCUUAGCAGGAAAUUCUGCAAUUACCACACCUUUCCUUUCCCGCAAAACUGUUGAGUCGAUCCCCUUCGAAUCAAGCAAACUGCCAGAAAUUCUCAACAAAUUCUCAGUGAAACCGGAGUCCACGGCAGCCAAUCUGAUUAACAGUACUAUUCAAGAAUGUGAACAUCAAGUCGCGAGAAAUGAAGCAAAACAGUGUGCCACCUCGUUAGAAUCGAUGAUUGACUUUGCAACUGCCAUAUUAGGAAAAAAUGUUCGAGCAAUCGCGACGGAGGUGGAAAAAAAUGGAGCUGCCCCGAUACAGAAGUACACAAUAACUCCUGGAGUGAAGGAGCUGGCAGGCAACAAAUUCACGGUGUGCCAUAAGGUGGCCUAUGUGUAUGCCGUCUUCUACUGCCAUGCAAUUGAAAAAACAAGGACUUAUAUGGUGCCUCUGCAAGGAGCUGAUGGGACAAAAGCUAAAGCAGUGGCAGCCUGCCAUGAAGACACAUCUGGAUGGGUUCCUAAUCAUUAUGCCUUCAAGGAGCUCAAAGUUGAGCCAGGAACCGUUCCCAUCUGCCAUUUUCUUAAAGUCAAGGAAGUCACUUGGGUUCCAAACCAAAAACCUAAUUGAGUUGAAUCCGUCAAUCGUUCUUGUACCUGAUCCAUCACUUAGCCCAUACAAGUUCUGGGUUUUGUAUGUACUCCAGUAAUAAAAGUAACACCAUAUUACUGACCAGUUAGUUGUUUAUGUCCGAGACUACUGAUUUUUUUUUUUUUUCCUGAACAAACGAUAUUAUCUACACUAAAAGGUGGAAUAGUGAGGGAGUGAGCUAUUUACAUGGAAGUGUUCUAAUUUUCGUAUAACAUUUGUAAAUAAGGAAAUUGGAAGAGCUAAUUAAUAUGAUGUGCAAUUAAGAAUUAUAUAAUAUGGACUGGUUAUAAUCUAAACAUUAUCUUAUUUACGUCCUCAGGUCUACAUGUCCCAAUUAUAAUUAUAGAGUAUAUAUAAAAUAAAAUAGUUUAGGCUUGUUGAAAAGGAAAAAUAUAUGAGUUUUGUUUAUGUCCAUCCACUAAUCGGUGAUGAAUAGGUCAUUGAUAGCACAAUUUUUGUUUUCCAGUCGAAAGCCCAAUUCUUGAAUUUGCCCAAUUUCAUAUUUGAGUCAAAUAUGCAAAUAAGAGCCCAACUAAUUCAUUUAAGCAACAUGAAUUGAAUCAAUUCAUUUUGAGUUUCAAGCUUACUUAACUUUACAAAUUUUCUAAGUC